GAUGUAGCGGCGUGGGAGGGGCCGAGGCCAGCGCCGUCCGUCCACCGGCCGCCCCGAUCCUGUGUUGAGCCCGCGCGCCAAGCGGCAGAGCGGGGCGCCCGUGGGCCCGGCAGGAGUAGCCGCACCCUCGGCGGCGCCGCCAUGGAUGCGGAGGCCGCGCGCAGCUAUUCUCUGGAGCAAGUUCAGCCUUUUUGUUCAUUUCCAUAUCAACAAACGACGGCGGAAGCUCCUGACAUGGCUGUCACGGCGGAGCAGCAGAUGCCAGCAGAGGCUCCUGCCCAGGAACCUGUCCCAGAAGCUCCAAAGAGAAGGAAGAGAAAAGCCAAAGCAGCAGAACCCAAGGACCCAGUGGAACCCAAAAAACCUGCUCAGUCAAAAAAAUCUGCCAAGUCCACAAAAGCAAAAGAAAAGCAAGAAAAAAUCACAGACACUUUUAAAGUGAAAAGAAAAGUGGACCGUUUCAACGGUGUUUCUGAAGCUGAGCUUUUGACCAAGACCCUUCCUGAUAUUUUGACCUUCAACCUAGACAUAGUGAUUAUUGGCAUUAACCCUGGACUGAUGGCUGCUUACAAAGGGCACCAUUACCCUGGGCCUGGAAAUCACUUCUGGAAGUGUCUGUUCAUGUCGGGGCUGAGUGAGGUUCAGCUGAACCACAUGGAUGACCACACCCUACCCGGGAAGUACGGCAUCGGCUUCACCAACAUGGUGGAGAGGACAACGCCGGGCAGCAAGGACCUGUCCAGUAAAGAAUUUCGGGAAGGAGGGCGAAUCCUAGUGCAGAAACUGCAGAAAUACCAGCCACGAAUAGCGGUGUUCAAUGGAAAAUGUAUUUAUGAAAUUUUCAGUAAAGAAGUUUUUGGAGUAAAGGUUAAGAACUUGGAAUUUGGGCUUCAACCCCAUAAGAUCCCAGACACAGAAACUCUCUGCUACGUCAUGCCGUCUUCCAGUGCCAGAUGUGCUCAGUUUCCUCGAGCCCAGGACAAAGUUCAUUACUACAUUAAGCUGAAGGACUUGAGAGAUCAGCUGAAAGGCAUUGUACGCAACACGGACAUUCAGGAGGUGAAAUACACGUUUGACCUGCAGCUGGCACAAGAGGAUGCAAAGAAGAUGGCUGUUAAGGAAGAGAAGUACGACCCAGGCUAUGAAGCAGCGUAUGGCGGUGCUUAUGGAGAAAACCCGUGUAAUAGUGAACCUUAUGGUGAGAACCCGUGUAAUAGUGAACCUUGCAACUUUCCUUCCAAUGGGCUAACAGCUGCGGACCUGAGAGGAGAGUCAGCCCCUGGGGACAUUCCCAAUGGGCAGUGGAUGACGCAGUCAUUUGCAGACCAGAUCCCUUCUUUUAGUAAUUGUGGGACCCAAGCGCAGGAAGAAGGAAGCCACGCGUAGGGACUGUGCCUCUCCGCUCUGCCUCAGCACUGCAGUUUAAUGCAGUUGUCGGGGCGUAGACCCUCAGUUGCUAACUGAAGACUUUUAGUAUUAAUAGUACUUUACACUAGUGGUGUAAUUAUGUAUGGUAGUCAACCGAUGAGCUGUGUAGUUUGGAAAGAAAAAAUAGGGUGUUUUUUAUCUGAGUUUUGUAUUUGGAUUAUCCAUCAUUCCAGCUUUUUCUAUACUGUAUCUCAUUUAUGAAGAAACUGGUUUUCUUUGGGGAGUCAGUUCGAUCUAUGAUUUUAAAAUGCAACAGUCUGAAUGUUUGUAGUUGAUUCUUCACUC